AUAUGAUUUAAAAUGCAAAAUCUACAGGGAAUGCUAAUACCAAGUAGUCAUGAAAUAUCAGGAUUCGAGUAUUAUAAAAAAUCGCCUUCAUCGGAAAUUUUUGAAGUAUUACAAUCUUUGCGCAAUGAUGAGGUGUUUUGCGAUAUUAAACUGGAAACAGGGGAUGGUACUGGUAAUACAAUAUUUGGGCAUAAAAUAGUCUUAUCAUCGGCUUGUCCAUAUUUCUAUGCAAUGUUUACACAUUUUGAAGAAAAGGAUAAAGAUCUUGUUGUUAUAAAACAAUUAGAUUCUAUCACCUUACAACUCAUAGUAGACUUUAUUUAUUCCGGGAAAAUCAUGAUCACCGAAAAUAAUGUACAGACUUUAUUAUCAGCCGCCAAUCUCAUGCAAUUACAAGAAAUAAAAGAGGUUUGCUGUCAUUUUUUACAGAAACUACUGCACCCUACAAAUUGUCUUGGUAUAAACGCGUUAGCUGAUUUACACAGCUGUAUGCAAUUAUUAAUAAGUUCAAAAUUGUAUAUUAAACAAAACUUUGCAGAAGUUGUUGAAAGUGACGAAUUCCUAUCCAUACCAUCCGAACAAGUAAUUAUGUUGAUCUCCGGUGAUGAGCUUACAGUUCCUUCUGAAGAAAAAGUAUUUGAAUGUGUUAUUCGUUGGGUAAGACAUGAGUUGGAUUCUAGAAAAUGUAUUCUGCCACAAUUAAUGGAGUAUGUGCGUUUACCCCUAACAUCGGAAAAUUAUUUAUUUCAAAAAGUGGUCAAGGAACCUGUUCUUAAUUACUGGCCUCAAAGGAAAUAUUUUAUAAUGGAGGCUUUACAUUUUAAUUUUCUCAAGAGAAAUCAGCCAGACCAGCUUAUCACUGUUCCAGAAUACAUCCGGAUUAAACCUAGGCGCCCUGCUGGUUUUGAUAAAAUCAUUUUAGUAGUUGGUGGAUAUGGGAAUAGUUUAGUAUCAUCAACUUAUCAUACAGAAUGGUAUGACCCAAAAAUCAAUCGAUGGCAGUUUGGACCUGCAGAAAUAGUUGAAAGCCAUUCUAUUUUGCCGUAUGGACCUGGUUUAGCUGUAUUAAAUGAUCGUUUUGUGUAUGCUUUGGGUGGUACUUCUAUUGAACAUCCUCUUCGUUGUGUUCGUGUGCUAGACUUAUCAUCAGAAUCACCUAGUUGGAAAUCAUCAGUUGCCAUGUUGGUUAAAAGAGGUUUUUUCGGAGUUGGUGUGAUAAAUAAUUAUCUAUAUGCUGUUGGCGGAUAUGAUGGUACUAAUACUUUAAAUAGUGCAGAAGUUUUUGACUACAGUACUCAAGCAUGGCGUAUGGUAUCUAGUAUGUCUACUAAAAGAGCUGAUUUUGGGGUUGGAGUACUGAAUAAUCUUUUAUAUGCGGUCGGAGGUUGUCAUUAUUCGUCAAGGCUAUGUGUAAACUCUGUUGAAUGUUAUAAUCCCUGUCUUGAUACAUGGGAACCAGUCGCAGAAAUGUGUAAACAUCGACAUGGUGUUGGUGUAGGAGUUUUAGAUGGUGUCCUAUAUGCUGUAGGUGGUCGUGAUUUAUUAAAAGUUCAUAAAAGUGCUGAAGCAUACAGUCCAAGUACAGGAGUUUGGACAUCUAUUGCAGAUAUGUAUAUGCCUCGACAAAAUGCAGGAGUAGUUGCAUUAUAUGGUUUAUUAUAUGUCAUCGGUGGAAACAACGGUGAAGUUUUUUAUAGUUCUGUAGAAUCUUACAAUCCCAUCUCCAACACUUGGCUCAUGCUGGAAUCGUCAAUGAAUUUAUCACGAACUCGUGCAGGAGUAGUAGCCAUUGAUAGGCCACCUCAUUUUUAAAAUUCGUGAUUUUUUUUUAAUUAUAAUAGGUA